AUGCGUCCAUACAAACCAGCAUUUGACGAAACUAGCAGCGAAAUUUCAUUUCUUAAUCGACAAAAAGAAUUACGCUCACUAUACAGUGACUUUAAAAAGGCUUUAGAAGAAAUGCAAUAUUCAGAUACAACAGUUACAAAAACACAGGACUAUUUUAGCGAACAACCUGAAGUUACGCAACAAGAUGAUACACUUAAUGACGAAUUGCAUGCAGUUCUCGAUGAAAUUCGAGUACUCAUCUCAGAAGUAAUCGGAAUCAAAGCAGAUUUGCGGGCAACUGGAUACGAUUCACACUUAGAACUAUUCGAUAAAUUAGAUAAUGUCCUUCAAAUACUAAAAUCACAAAGGGGACGCGCAGAAUCUUUGUUAUAUUACUAA